AUGUUCUUCGAGGCGUUGACGACGGCGCGCAUCGCGUCGCCCGUGGUACGGCGCACGCAGCCUCGUUCUUUUCAUACAGGCGCUGCCGUAUGGUCUCGAGCACGCGAUCCACGCACACCGCUACGUCACCGCUUAAGCCCGGAUGUAGGGAAGCCACGUCGCACAUCGCCAGCGUCGCCAUCCAAGACGUUCAGUCGGCCAGGCGAAUUACCAGCGUUGCAAUUCGCUACACCUGACACCCCCUCCUCCGUCCAUGCUCAUUCGUUCAAGGCACCGCCUUUGUCAACAGGUUUAUUGCAUCAAGUACAGGAACUCCUUGGCCCGCAUGCCAAGCCGACGACGCCCCAGGCGAUGGCUCUCUCGCAUUUUUUCUCUCGACCUACGUCGUCAUCCACAUUGAUUGCAGCGGAAACAGGCAGUGGAAAAACUCUUGCGUACCUGUUGCCCAUCCUUCAGCAGCUUCACAUGUCGCGGCUUGAGAACGAGCAUGCCGAUGUGGCGCGUGUUCGUGCAGGUCAUGAGGCGCGGAUCCUCCCUCGGGCUGUCAUUCUUGCGCCGACGCAUGAGCUUGCCCGUCAGAUUUCCGAUGUGGCCAAGGUCCUGUGCCAUGAUGCCUCGCACAAGCUGCGCAUUGCAUGCUCGUCCAAGCCUGCCUAUCCUUCGCAUCUUCGCCAAGAUUUGCAGAAACUACGCGAAAUGGCAGAGUCAGACGCACCGUGCGAGGGUGCGCCCACAUCGCCUGAUGUCCUUGUGACCACGCCUUCGUUCUUGAACGAAUUUUAUGGACGUCUUCUCCAGCUCGAUUAUACACAGGCCAUUGUCGUUGACGAGGCUGAUACACUACUUGACGAAGGCUUCCGCGAAGCAACGGAAUCCAUUUUGCGAGCUAUGCCUACAUCGCGACAGACUCAAACUAUCUUUGUCACGGCUACCAUCCCGCAGUCGAUGCGAAAGUACUUGGACGCUGCAUACCCAGACUUGGUUACCCUCGCGUCGCCGCACUUACAUCGACUGCCUGCCAAGCUCUCGGUCCAGUUUGUGGACCCGGGUAGCAACAAAGAGAUGGCCGUCCUCAAAGAGCUGUUCCGGAUCUUUACAUCCCCUGAUAUGCGAGACGACCAAAUCCUCAUUUUCCGGGAUAAGCGGACGGGGGUGGAGCGGCUCAGUCAGUACCUAUCUGAACGCAAUGUUGAUCAUGUCGCACUGACGGGCGAGUCAGGCCAGCGGAAAACGCGCACAUCAAAAGACAUUGAGCCCUUUCUUGCCGGCCCUUCUUCCUACUUUUCACAGCAUCACCAGCGACACCAGCCGACUGACAGCACUCCGCGUGUUCUGAUCACUACAUCACUGCUUUCGCGUGGUCUAGACUUUGGCCCCUACGUCCGACAUGUAUUUUUGCCAGAUGCAGGGCGCAAUACGGCUCGUUCCGUACACGCAGCGAACAAUAAUGCACUGGAACUUCUUCAUCGUGCUGGUCGGUCAGCUCGUGCUGGCCGCUCAGGCACCGUCGUGGUCUUUGACAAAAAUAGUGCCCCUGGCAAGACCAAAGUCCUCAUCAACCACCGAGGGCAGAAAAAGGGGAUUGUGCGUGGUCAAAUGGAUCUGCUGGUCCAUGCCCUCAAACGCAAAAAAGCCCCACGCCGCACCUCGUCUUCGUAG